AAAAAAAAAAGUGAAAAAUGACUGGUCGUGGUAAAGGUGGAAAAGGCUUGGGAAAAGGUGGCGCUAAACGUCAUCGCAAAGUGUUACGUGAUAAUAUCCAGGGCAUUACCAAGCCAGCUAUUAGACGUUUGGCUCGUCGUGGUGGUGUAAAACGUAUUUCUGGAUUGAUUUACGAAGAAACUCGUGGUGUUCUGAAAGUGUUCCUGGAAAACGUUAUUCGUGAUGCUGUCACCUACACCGAACACGAGAACAACAAGCAAUGCCAUGACUAUUCACAUCAGUGUUUUCAAUUUCAAAAAUAA